AUCGAGGCGAAAGUUCCCAGUUCUGGCAUUGUUGCCAGAUUAUUUUCAUUAUAGCCUAUACCUAAAGUAGACAGUGAUAUUAUUCGUAAAUGACAAUUUGACGGUGUUCAUGUGACGGUGUUCAUUUGACGUCGAUACAUUUUACUGUAUCGUACGAUGUAUGCUUAACGAUUUUAUUAUAGAAAAGAAAUGGAUACAUUGCAUUUUUCACUGACAAAAGUAUGUUCUAAUGUAAAACGCGAACCAUUUCGCAAAAAUGUCACAAUUGAUGGAUAAUUCUGCAGAAAAGAUUGACAUAAUCCUUCCUAGGCAAAUUUUAUUAUACCAGAAAGAAAAUUUGGAUUAUAUUCUCUGUAAGCCCAAAUUAAUUCCAUUAAAAUCUGUUACGUUAGAAAAGUUAGAGAAAAUGCAAAAGGAUGCCGAAUUAAAGAUUCGAGAAGCAGUAGAAUAUAGUAAUGAGAAUAAUAAUGAAUAACUUUUAAGUAUUAAGGAAUGUAAAUUAUAGAGGUAUGAUGAAGUAAAAAAUUAGAAGUUACCAAAAUGGUUCUUGGAGUAUUCUUGACAGAAAUCAUAGCAGCAUUUUGUCUUGCUGCCACUUUAUUGUAUAAAUAUGGGAAUAUUUUUCGACAUCACAUUAUUGUCACAGUUUCUGUGCUCAUAGCAUGGUACUUUUCACUGCUAAUAAUAUUUAUCUUACCUUUAGAUGUUUCAUCUACUGUUUUUAGACAAUGUGUUGAACAAAAUAUUCAUAAUAACACAAAACUAAACUCUGAUAGUACAACAACAAUCCCAUUUCAUACUUGUAAAGAACCUUGGCCUAAUGUACCAGAACAUAUAUUUCCAAAUUUAUGGAGGAUUGUAUAUUGGACCUCGCAAUGUUUAACAUGGCUAAUAUUACCAAUUAUGCAAUCUUACAUAAAAGCAGGAGAUUUCACAGUUCAAGGAAAGCUAAAAUCUGCUUUAAUAGAUAAUGCUAUAUAUUAUGGAAAAGUUCCUCGUGGAUUAUGGAAUGCUAGUAAACCUGGAUACACUUUAAAUUAUAGCUAUUUUAAAGUUGCUAAAUUAAGUUUGGAUAAAUGCGAAGCAGAAGAAACAGUAGAUGACAUACUUGAAUCUUUACAAACUGCUACAAUAUCAAUUGGACCAGGGCAUCCUUUUCAUUGUAAUUUAGAAACGAUUUUUCAAAAGAUUCCUGCAGAAUUAAAAGAUAGAAUGAAUAGAAGACAAUUGCCAGAUGAUACACCAACAGAUACACCAUCUGAAAAAGCUUUAAUACGUUUACAUAGACAAACAAUAAAAGCAUUGCAAACUUUACAACGAAUAGAAACACAAUGGGGAAUUUUGGUUGAUAAAAUAAUUGAUUUAGAAGAUAUAGCAAAGAAUCAAGUAAGUGAUGAUAGAAGAUUCAAAGCAACUUUUCCUACUCAUCGUUCAUUUCCACUUCGUAUUGUUUAUAGUCCAGUUAUAGAAUGGUAUUGGAAAUGUGUCAUAAAGAGUUAUGUACAAAAGAUCGUAGCUAUUUGUACUGGAUGUCUUUCAAUAGCUGUAGUAUGGUCAGAAGUAACGUUUUUUAAUAAAACUCCAGUGUUAUCAUUAUUUGCCCAAUUUUUGAAUCUAGCUAAGGCAAAUUACGAUUAUUUUACAAUUGAGGUAUUAUCAAUGCUGAUAAUUGCUUAUCUUUGUUACUGCGCUUAUUCGACUGUUUUAAAAAUUCGUGUAUUGAACUUAUAUUACUUGGCACCUCAUCAUCAGACUAACGAGUAUAGUUUAAUAUUUAGUGGAAUGAUGUUAUGCCGUCUUACACCACCUAUGUGUUUAAACUUCUUGGGUCUUGUACACAUGGAUUCGCAUAUUAUUAAAACUCACAUUUUGGAAACUCAUUACACUCAAGUAAUGGGACAUAUGGAUGUUAUUUCCAUUAUAUCUGAUGGAUUCAAUGUAUACUUUCCAAUGGCUAUUCUAGCAUUUUGUUUAGCAACGUAUUUUAGUUUAGGGAGUAGAUUGCUUUCUAUGUUAGGUUUUCAACAAUUUCUUGAUGAUGAUGAGUUUACAACAGAUCUUGUUGAGGAAGGUCAAGAGUUAAUAAAACGAGAGAGACGUAAACGACAAAGAGCUGAAGAUUUAAUGUAUAGAAGACGGGAGUUUCAAGAAAGAUUUAGUGGUGCUGCUAGUUCAUCUCGCUAUAGAACCUCACGGCAAAGUACUGAUACAGUCCGACCUUUAAAACGAGAUGAAUCAGUAGAAUCUGCAAGAGCCGGAUUAUUGCGUGACUUUGAUCCUGCAGAUUAUUACAUUGGCAUGGCGUCUGGAGGUGAUAGUUAUGGUGCAAAUAAUAGUUACGAUACAAGCUGCCAAGCCGAUGAUUUUUAUGAAGAACAAAUAGACAAUGCAAGAGCAUUUAUCGCAAAUACUAAUCGUAUAGGACCUCCACAAAGAGGAUUAUUCGACGACAUUUAAAUAGAACCUAAUAACGUUCAGGUUUUGCUCAGUAAUAAAUUAUGAAACAGGUACAUUUAUAUUUAAAAAAUAUUAGAUCUAUCCUCGAUAUAUAAUAAAAUUUUCUAAAUAUUAAAUCUGAAAUUCUGAACAUAAAUUCUAUAUUUAACAGAUGACAAUUACAUUAUAACAUAACAUACAUUACAUUAUGAAUAAUAUAAUUCAAGAAUAAAUUGAUUAGUAUGAUUAAAAAAUUUGUUUUUUUAUACUUUUAUUGCUUGUUAUUAUUAAAUUUCAAGUGGACAAAAAUAAAUUUUGAUUUACUAGUUUAUUUUAGUCUAUAUAAUUUUUUUAUAAAUUUUUACGAUUAAUAUUAAUAAUAUUAACAUAAUAAUAUUGUAGUUCUAUUGAUGUAAUAUAAAAUGUUGAAUUUCAUACAGUAUUUGAUAUAUUUUUAACAAUAUAUGCACUGCAUAUUUAAAGAAGCAUAAAAUAAUAAUAUAGAGUAAAAUAGAAAUAAUAGAUCUAAGUUAUAAAAGUUUGGACAAUUAAGUAAACUCUAAAUAUAAGUAAGCAAAUUUGUUUCUCGAUUAUUUUUCGUUUCGAUUUUAUAAUCUGAAUAAUAAUUUCAGUACAAUAUAUCUAUUAUAAUUUUCAUAAGUUUCGUAUAUAGACAUAAUGUAGGUAGAGAUAGUAUGGUAAAACUAUUUUUUAUUUAAAGUAUAACAAAGUGUAAAAAGAAAUGAUUUUAAAUAUUUAUAUUUAUUUUUCAUUUAUACAUUGGUAAGAUGCAAGUAAUUUACUGAUUCGCUGUAUUUAGAAUAGUACAAUGUAUAUAUGAGCUGUAUAUUAAUUCUUAUUUUAGAAUUUUUAUUACAAUAUUUAAAAAAAUAUUUGUGUUGUGUACUGAACAAGAUCCUUCUAAGAAAUUUUUGAUAAAAUUCAAGCAAAUGUUAUCUAUACAUUUUCAAUUGUUUCAGAUUGAAAUUAAAUUUUAAUUAUUUUUGCAAACGGGUAAAUUUGUAAAUAAUAAAUAUUUGUAUUAUUUAAUUUAAUAAUUUAAAAUUUUAUGACUGUAAAGUUUACACAUAAUAUUAUAUGUAUUAUAUUGUAUCGUAAUGUAACUUUAUUUGUAUUUUAAAAUCAAGAAAGGAGAUACGCGAAGCUCGAAAGGUAAUAAAACUUUUUCUCCGUUAUACAAAAUGAAAUAUGUAUAUUAAUUUUAUUGCAAAUAUUUCAUACAGAUAUGGAAACAGUUAUGAAAAUAUUAUGUAUCUAAAAUAUACGUGCAAGUAGUAUCUGCUAAUAAAUAUUUAAUGUAUUAAUAGGAAAUAAUGAAUUUCAGUAACUUUAUUUGAGUAUUCCCUUUAUCACAUUUUACAAUAUUAAAAAUAUAUAUAAAUAUAUCUUCUGAAGUUGAAAUAUAUUCUUUAUAUAAAAUGUAAUAUUUUUUGUAUACUUUCAGCUAUGCUUUCAGUAAAGUCAUACAUAAAUAAUUUUCUAAAAUGUAAAAAUAUUUUACGUAAUUAUAUAAAGAUCAACAAAUUUUUAAUUACGAUAACAAUUCUUGAUAAUUUAUGGAACAAGCAUGAUAAAAGAUAUAACAAUUCACAAUAAUAAUAAUAAUAAUAAU